CAAUUUGUUUGUUAUCUUACGAUGGAGUCGAACCUGAAUAAAGUCUUAAAUAUGAAUCGACAGCAACUGAGUGGCCAACUUUAUAAAUACACCAACGUGGUAAAGGGUUGGCAAUAUCGAUGGUUCAGUGUCGAUGCCCAAGGCGGCCUACUCAGUUACUUCUUGUGCGAGCCCGCAGGAGAUGAUUCGACCCCCCAGCUGGUGGGUAACGUUCCCCGGGGUCAGGUGCAUCUGGCCGGUGCCGUCAUUUGUCCAAGUGACGAAGACUCGAAAACUUUUACGGUAAACUGUGCGUCGGGUGACAUGAUGAAGUUACGAGCCGUUGAUGCUCGCGCCCGCCAGGAAUGGGUCGACGGAUUGCGCGCCGUAGUUGAGAGUCAUUCCAAUUCGACCGGUACAGCGCUUCCUCCACGCGACCAAUUGGCCGCUCACGAUGCGUUUGGUGCGGCUCGGCAGCAGCUACAGCAGACGGAACUGAGCAAUGCAGCGUUGGCACGGGCCAUCGAGAACCUAACCGGACCGCCUUCGCCCACCGACCCCGAUCUGUUGGUUCUGAAAGCGCUUUCUGCUGCCAGCACGCACUGUUUGCUCCAGUGCCUGGGAUUACUGCAGAGGCACCCGACGACUGAUUUACUGGGUCCCGACGCGAGACUGGACCAAAGUUUCUAAUCUUAGCCGCCCGUGACAAGAGGCGUCCUCCAUUGUCCGCGACCAGCACCAGCAACCUAGGUCGGUGCCAGGCACCCCACUUGAGACACAAAGCCCAAAUAUAUUAAAUCAUCGUGU